AUGCUAUCAAGAACAUUAGUCUACUCCGCCAAUGGCAUCCGCACCUCAUCCCGCAUUCCCACAUUGUGCCUCCGAGCUUCACGGAGCGUCUCUACCCUGCAAAAUAGCCCGCAUAUUUACGUCUUGAAACAUCCCCAUGACCCCCAACGAUCCGUCUUGUCCCUCCUCCCCACCGAUCCCCCAAACGUCGACCUCUCCUUGGGAAGCUGCACAUCAAUUCCACCCACCCCGACAACCUUCACCGAGAACCCCGCUUUUCAUUCCAUUCUACAGGACAUUGUUCGAAAGUACGCCACCCAGGAUCCGCUAGUGCAACAGCAGGCAGCCGUGUUUGCUUCGCCUGGCGGCUUCAAUCUGGGAGGUGCAUCGGGGAGCAAUGCCGAUGGUGCUGGCGGUGCAAGUCACCAGGCUGGUAUGGGGGGAGCCAACCGUGGAGGCUGGAUCCAUGUCAGCGACGAGAGGAACCCACCCGAUUACGGAAGAAUUGCCUGGCCCGAAGAUAUUUUUGGAAGCGUAGAGGUGGACGGGAAUGGAAGGUUUGCUGAGGGCAAUGGAAAUUGUACGUCAUGGUCUCAACUACAAUCAAUCGGAUGGGUCUCGGGGUGUUCUUGCUGACAUGUACGCCAUGUAGAUCAGGACAGCGGAACGUAUCGCAUUCUAACGCGAGAGGGAGUACUUGGAUUGUCACCAUUUCUUCGAGGCAAACUCGUCCAGCGCUUGCGCGAGCUCGAAUCU